UUAAAAAAAAAUCUGCCUAACAGCAUGUAAUGCCCAAUUCAUUCAGAAAGAGUAGACUAGAAGGUGACGUCCAUUUGACCUGACAAAAGGGGAAGAGAGUGAAGAGAUCCUGUGUCAGUUCAGCAGAAGGGAAUAAAAUAGCCUUUAUCAGAAAGGAUGGAGCUGGGAAACGGAAAACUGCCCAGGACAGGACUGAACUCACUGAAUCAAGCAGUACAUCCAACCCAGGGCCUGGCCUGGACCGACGGGAAUCGGGUAGUCCUGACUGAUUUACAGCUUCAUAGCGGAGAGGCCAAGUUCGGGGACUCCCAAGUCGUUGGAAGUUUUGAAUCUGUCUGCGGGGUUUCCUGGGCCCCUGUCAGCACAGUGCACGUGCCCUCUCUGCUUGCGGUCCAGCACAGAAAGCUUGUCUCGGUUUGGCAGCUGUGUCCCAGCACUACAGGAUCAAGCAAAUGGCAGAUGUGUCAGACCUCUGAGAUCAGAGAGUCACUCCCUAUCCUUCCUCAGGGCUGCAUAUGGCACCCAAAAGACCCUGUCCUGACCGUGUUGACUGCACGGGAUGUCUCCAUUUUCCCGAACGUCCACCAAGAUGGCGGUCCCAGGGUAAAAGUGGACGUCAACACCAGGGGCCGCGUUUACUGUGCUUGUUGGACCCUGGAUGGCCAGAGGCUGGUGGUGGCAGUAGACAGCAGCCUUCAUUCUUACAUUUGGGACAGUUCUCAGAAGUCUCUUCACAGCUGCUCCUUCUGCCCAGUGUUUCCUGUGCACUGUUGCAUCCGCGCCAUCACAGCCACGGGGAACUCACAGGUCGCUGUGGCCACCGAACUUCCACUCCAUAAGCUUUGUAGCUUAAAUGCAUCCGACGCCUUUGGCGGCCCCCCGAAUGGUGAAGAUGGUGCUGUACAUCCUCGUCCUGUGGGUGUGAGUGAAACGCCCCCUGUAGAUGAGCAGGAAGCCGCUGCGGAAAUGAAUUCUGGAGCGGCAGUUUCUCCCUUGUCAGUUCCUCUGGAUCUGACUCACAUGCAUUUCAACCGAUCUGGAGCCGAGCAGAGUUCUCUUAUUUGUUUAAGAAAAAAGGACUACUUGACUGGAACUGGCCAAGAUUCUUCACAUUUGAUCCUAGUAACCUUUAAGAAAGCAGUGACCAUGACAAAAAAGGUCGCUAUUCCAGGCAUUCUGGUUCCUGACGUAAUAGCAUUUAACCUGACAGCACAGCUAGUGGCUGUGGCUUCCAAUACGUGCAACGUAAUUUUGAUCUAUUCUGUCGCUCCAUCUUCUAUGCCAAAUAUUCAGCAAAUUCAGUUAGAGAGUAACGAAAGACCAAAAGGUGUAUGUUUCUUGACAGACAGAUUAUUAUUAAUUACUGUAGGGAAACAGAAGCCCACAGAAACAGCCUUUCUCCCUUCUUCAGAAUCUGAUCAGUAUACUGUUUAUCUGACAGUUAGAGAAAUAACUCUGGGAAGAGAAUCUUCUGGAACAUCUGCUGAAAGUCAGGGUGCUUAUGCUAAUAUCAAUGCUCUAUUAAAUAAAGCAGAUAGAGAAGAAAAGUUCACCGAGAGCCUUUCCCCAUGCGUGAGUCCCCUGAGCCAAGGACUCUUGCUAACAGCUAACUGCAGUACUCAGAGUGGGAGGUCUGGAAAAGCCCUUAUCCAAGAAAUUAAAAGUCCCUUGUCCCCUCUGUCCAGUGAUUCCAUUGUCCAUGAAGUCUGUCACAGGCCCUCCUGGCUUUGCACAGCAUUGCCUAGACCCAGCAGGACCCCAGAUCACACCAGCACCCCAGAACCGAAUUCACCUGCAACGGAGAACUUACAAAAGGAAAAGGAAACUUGCCCACUUUCCAGAGAGCUGGGGAGUCUGUCUAGGCACCUGGUUGGAAUGCAGCAGUAUCUUUUUGAAAUCAAGGAUUUUCUACACAAGGAGAAGCGAGUCUCUCCCGCAUACCCACCUUCUCACGACCCUCCCUAUGUUCACCUCAUUUACCAGAAACCUUGUUCUGUGGGUCCUGCUGAAAAAAGAGCUGUGCUUCUCUGUGACGGCAGACUAAGGCUCAGUACCAUUCAACAGAUGUUUGGCCUCCACCUCGUUGAAAUGCUGCACGAUUCCCACUGGAUCCUCCUCUGUGCCGACGGCCAAGACUUCAUCCCGUUGACUUUCACAGCUGCCCAGACUGUCGUGGUGAGAGAUGGCAGCCUGACUAAGCCAGAGGAAGCUAGAGGCUCGCUUUCUCACAAUCAGGAUCCGGAUCCUUCACUUGAAGUCUUGGGAGACCUUGCUACCCAGAAUGUAGAUGCGGCUGUCUGUUCCAACAGCGUGACCUGAUGGCUGCUUUGCACAGCGCAUGCGCAUGUGCUAUCGAUUCCCCUCGGGCUGUGUGCUGCUGGGCCACAGGGCAAGUGGCUGCUUAUGUUUUCUGACUGUGCCACUUUGAGGACAGAAUUCUAAGAACGAUACCACAUGGUCAUAUGGAUUGUACUUUAUUUCUCCAAGGCCUUGCUUCCCCAACCCGAAGCUGUGUUAGCGCUGCCUACGAAUGUUUAUAGGAUGCAAUGGAGUAGCAGUAGGCCCUCUGACUCUAUGCGGGUGAGAAUUCUGCUGGGGAGCCUGAGCACAGCCUUUUAAUCCAAUUCCUGGGGCAUCAGGGAUCCAGUGCAAAAGAAAUCAGGGACCACACACACUUCUGCUCUCAGGACUGCCUGGAUCCGGAAGUUCUGAGGCUGACCUGCUCUCUCCAGAUCUAAAAACAACCCUCUUGCUCCUGUACACAAGUCUGGCUGACAGAGGUCCAGAGACUCCUAAAGUGUGCUAAACUUUUAAAUAAACUUCCAAGAUGUGACCCCCUC